AUGACAGUUGCUUCCAUCGUGGAGACAAGACGGUUGGCCGUGGUUAGAGUUGUGGGUGGCAAUGUCACAACUUUGCCUAUGCAAUUCUACAUAUUGAUUCCACAGUUCUUCCUUGUUGGCUUGGCAGAAUCAUUCACGUACAGCGGGCAGCUUGACUUCUUCAUAACUAGAUCUCCAAAAGGGAUGAAAUCGAUGAGCACUGGGCUUUUCCUCUCGACUGUGGGACUUGGGUUUUUUGUCAGUACCUUCUUGGUGUCCAUAGUCAACCAGGUGACUGGAACCCAAGUUGGCACUGGAUGGCUAACCAGUAACAUAAACUAUGGGAAAUUAUACUAUUUUUAUGCUCUUCUAGCCGUGUUAAGCUUCAUAAACUUGAUAUUCUAUCUUCUUUGUGCCAUAUGGUAUGUGAGGACAAUGAAAAAUACUUCACAAAUAGAGAACAUCAUUACAAAUUCUGAAGAGGAAGAGAAACAUGCCAUGCAGAUGGACGGCACCCUUACAGUUGCAGAGAAAGAUUGUGAAUGA